UUUGAAAUGCACAGGUGGGGCAUGCGCAUCUAUGGAUUCCUUGGUGGAGCAGUUCCCAUCCUUGGGAGAGUCCAUGCUGGGUCGCAAGCCCCCCGGCUACUUCUCCAGCAGCACAUCUUACUCGGAUUUCAGCGACACUGCCAGUGCCACGUCAGAGUACAGUGUAUCCGGUGGUGCCAAACCAAAGGCAGGAGCAGCUGCAUCGCGGCUAGCAGCUCAGUUUUCAGACCACUCGUCAGGCGUGCAAGGCAUCGGUCGGGGGUUGCCGAUGCCAGAAACAGGUGGCGUACCGAUGCCUGGAAGAAGUGGCGGACCGAUGCCCGGAACAAGUGGCAUACCGAUGCCCGGAACAAGUGGCGUACCGAUGCCCGGAACAAGUGGCGUACCGAUGCCCGGAAGAAGUGGCGUACUGAUGCCAGGAACAAGUGGUGCACGAUGCCAGGAACAAGUGGCGUGCCGAUGCCAGGAACAAGUGGUGCACCGAUGCCAGGAACAAGUGGCGUGCCGAUGCCAGGAGCAAGGGGCGUACAGAGCCCGGGGAGUGGCCCUGCCAUCCGAAUGCCAAGGCAGCCCCCCAACACUGCGCCAAUUUACAUCAGGGUCCGGAAGCCGCCGCCUUCGGAUGACUCUCUUGGAAAAGGUGCGUUGGUUCUGGGCGCCUUGUGAAGGCCCCAACAACCCUGUCGGCGUGCCUUACGUCACAAAAACUGUGAUGGAACUGGUGACAAGUGUGUCUUCCACAUUUUUUUUUAAUUCUAGGGAACCUGUUGUUUUUUCUUUUUGUUGAUGUCAGAAGUGAACUGGUGACAGCGUGACAAGAGUAUCUUCUCAUUUUUAAAAAAAUGUUCUAGCAUACCUGUUUGUUUUGUUUAUGUCAGAAGUCUUGACCUGUUUUGUUGUGUGAAAUAAAUG